GGGAUCCAAAGUUUUGUUUUACAGUGGAAACUCUAUUGCUAAACAGGGCAAAAGUUAAAUAGGAAAAAGGAGGAAGAAAACAUAGAAGAGACAGAAAGAGGAGCUCUCCCUCCACUAUCCACUAGGGUGGAGAUCGAAUUUUUGUUAAAAUGUUGCAGGGAGACAUUCCGAACAAAUUUCUGGAGGGAGAGGAGGGAAAGGGAAAGAAGGGACCUGAACGGAACCAUAAAAUAUUGCAGAUUGAAGAAAACAACAGUGUGGUGGUGACUCUCCUCUACGUUAAUUCAAGCGUGUUUUGGGUAAUCCUUAAAGGAGACUUCAACUCUCUACUAGGCUGGUGCAGAUCCUUGUUCAACAUUCAGUGGAUGGGAACUGGUGUUUGCCUAGCUGCUUUCCCUUAAGCUUGGUGUGGCAAUUAAGAAAGUCUAGCAGCUCCGAACGCGCACUAAGGCUUUCUUUCUUUCUUUUUUUUUUUAAUCAACCAAAUAAAUUUUAUUGUUUUAGAGUUCAAGGGUAUUCCUACCCAUAAACAAGUCCACUGCUCUUAUGCUUAAUUCCUACGUACUUCCUACGUUGUGCUAAAAAUAACAUUUUAAGGCAUCCAGUUCAGUUCACUAAGAACUUGCUUGAGCGCAUCCAGUUAUGAGGAAAACGCAACACCACUCGGAGAAAGAAUAUGUAACCCCCAAAACUUUACCCU